CGAAGCGCGGCAUGAGUGGACGAGCAGCGCCCGUGUCGUAACGGCUCUGCCCGUUGUCCCCGUGAAAAGUGUCGUUGCCGCAGUGCGCGGUGCGCAUGUGUGUCUCCAGUGCAAUAGUAAAAUGUCGACCAUGGGCCUCGUGUACAACGCGGCGAGCGGAGCCGGCGGCGGAGGCGGCGGCGAGCAAGUGAUGCUCCUGAGAACACUGCAGGACAACGAGAGCAACAUCAUGGGCGCCCGGGCGUGCCUGGCCGCCUCCGGCCAGCAGCAGCCGCCCCCGAAGCACAACGCGAGCGCGAUCGGCGUCGCGCACGGCGAGCCGCUCGGCGGCGGCUGCAAGGGCGGCGCCCAGGCCCUGCCGGCCUACGACCCCUCCAGGCUGAAGAAGCACGGCAAGAACGGCCAGCCGCCGCCCAUCGCCGUGGCCAAGCGCAACGCCCGCGAGCGGAACAGGGUGAAGCAGGUCAACAACGGGUUCGCCACGCUCCGCCAGCACAUCCCGAGCCACGUGGCCCAGGGCUACGGCGACCGGGGCAAGAAGCUCUCGAAGGUGGAGACGCUGCGGAUGGCCGUCGAGUACAUCCGCGGGCUGCAGCGGCUGCUCGCCGAGGCCGACGCCGGCGGCAUGGAGCUCGAGGCGAGGCUCGGCCGCGCGAGCCACGAGUCGCCGAUGACGAUCCCCUCGCCCGCGGGCAGCCUCUACUCCAGCAGCACGCACAACGGCUCGGCCGAGGCCUUCGGCCUGGACGACCACCCGCGGGAGCUCGACCUCGCGGACGAGGCCGAGCGCGAGGAGGGCGAGGACGAGGACGACGGCGAGGAGGAGGAGGAGGAGGAGGGGGACGACGACUACGACGAGGAGGAGGCGCUCGUCGAGCGGCGCCGCGCGCAGCUGCUCCAGCGGCAGCGGCAGCGCCGCGCGGACGGCCACCGCGAGCUGGCGAGCGAGCCGCCCCGGGACAGGCGCCCGGGCGGGCGCUCGCGGGUCGAGCCCCGGAGGGCGGCGGGCAGGCUGUCGGAGAACCAGAACCGCGAGCGCUGCCGCCGGCGCGAGGACGGCUACUUCAAGCAGGCGUCCUUCGGCGACGAGGAGAACAUCGAGCCGCUGGGCGCGCGCAACAACAACAACAACAGCAGCCUCAGCAACAACAACAACGUGCUGGCCGGCUUCGCGCCGAUGCUCGUGCAGGCGGCGACGUCGGCGAUGGGCGGCCUGGCCUGCGUGAAGCGCGAGGCGCAGCAGCCGCUGGACGAGGAGGACGGCCGGCGCUCGGGCGCGGACGAGCCGCCCGGCGGCGAGGGCGUGAUCCUGGCCGCGUCCUCGCCCUACACCGGCGAGAUCUUCAUCGAGAGCCCCGGGACGGGCCGCCUGGUGCCGCUGAAGAUCGAGGAGCACGAGGCGCAGCUGGUGUACGUGGGCACCGGCGAGCCGGCCUACUACAAGGCCGAGCUGUCGGACGGUGCGGCCGAGCUGAGCUGGUGGGAGCAGGAGUGCAUCGUCCAGCAGCUGCAGCAGCAGCAGCAGCAGCAGCAGCAGCAGCACCAGCAGCAGCAGCCGGAGGCGUCCGCCCAGCGGCCGCUCGCCCACGUCUGACCAAGGCCGCGCGACUCGCGUCAGUGCCACUGGAGCAGGCCAAGCGACGGACCGACAAUGGCGUCGUCCGUUGCGCGCGUCGAUGGACGUCGGAGAUAAGCUCGAGGAGCGGCGUAUUUUCCACUCGGCCCAGCGGCCAAAUGGUGUCGAAGGGUUACGGCGAGGCACACGGCGGCGCAUGGGAAAGUACACAACCCGACACGCGCACGAGACAGACAUUUUGUGGGACUGUCGAGAGGAAGAGGAAAGUUACUACACCGUGCCGUUACACACCACGGGACCAAAUCGAAUCCAUUACGCUUGUGCGUUGCAUCCGACUCUAUGUGUACACGUGAUUUAUACGUAUAGUCGGAGUCUUUCUCGGAUCACGCGCGAUCAUUGCUUGUUGUUAACGAUAGGGAUAAUUGAACGUUGUACAAUGGCCAUACUUUUUUGUGGCUCACUCGUGUGCCUCCACAUGGCAUCAUACAUACUUAAGUAUUAUUGGAUGACUUGCAUAUUUUUUAUACUGUAUAGUUGUCAUUUUUAUACAUAUACGUGCCUUAAUUAGACACGGAAUGGCCCAAUGGUUAUCCGUUAUUUUUUAUUAUUAUGCUUAAGAUGUACAUUCUUUAUACAUACAUACUCUAAAAUACUUAUGAUUCAGUUACGAUUGUGACAAAAUUAUUACGCAUACAUGCCAUUUGCCAUUUGAUUUGUCUGACGGGUGCGCGGCCCAGAUUCGAAUCAAUCACGCAGACUUAGAGUUUUGCAGAGUUAUCACGUACUUAGUUCUGCGGCAUUUCUUGUAAUUUUUAGUAAAGAUGUAUACAGAUAUUACAUCUUUUUGUAUAUAGAUAUAGAUGUAUAGAUAUAUUACUGUUUUAACGAGAGAAUGUGGUUGUAAAGCAUCUUUAAUAUGAAUUAAAGUUACAAAAAGAGGGCCAUUCAGUUUAUCAAGUAACUAGUCUUCUAAGGGUUACGUCAUUCAAAUCCAGUGAAUGAUCGAGUAUUUCCUUUUCUUAAUUAUCAAAGACGUGCAAAGUUUUGUGAUUAGACAAUCAGUACUUUUGUAUAACAUAAUAGAGUAAUGAAUCUGACUCAUAAGUUAUUAUUAUAUCGAUGUAGGCAUAUGUCGAAAAUGCUUGGAAACGUUUUGUAUGUAUUUUUCAUACAUAUAGUAAUGAUACUAGUGCCUUCUAGCAAUUGGCAAUGAAUAUUUUUGAUGAAACAGGUUAUAUUCGUAUAUUUUAUAUACCAAACGUCAUUCAA